GAACAACAUUUUCAUAGAACUGUUCCGGCCAGCUGUUAGCUAUGCUGAUAAAAACAAGUCCGUGAAAUAUUGGUGUUUUUCCAUAAUUGUUUUCUCUUUUACCACGUAUUCUCUGAUUUUCAAUGGAGAAUUGCUUUGUUGACUGUCACUGUCACAUAUCAGCAAAUGAGUUUGAGGAGGAUCUGGAGGAAGUGAUCAAGAGGACCAGAGAGGCCAGUGUAAAGACUUUGGUUGCUGUUACAGAAGAAGUUGGAGAAUUUACCCGAGUUCUCCAGCUGCAGGACAGCUAUCCAGAUCUGGUGGCUCCAUGUUUUGGUGUCCAUCCUCUGCAGGCCAGCGGGGGCCUCAGCUACGCUGCACAUCGGAUAAAGUUGUAUGAUCUGGAUGCUGCCCUGACACAGUUUUAUGAUCACAAAGAACGCCUUGUUGCUAUUGGAGAGAUUGGUUUGGAUUUCACUCCGUGGUGUGCCCCCACUCAGCAGGACAGAGAUGACCAAAUGAGUGUCUUCAUUAAACAGCUCAGCAUCGCCAAGGAGCUGGACCUACCUGUCAACGUCCACUCCCGAUCAGCAGCUAAAGUCACCAUAGAGACCAUGAGAGAACAAGGUAUCAGUCGAGCUCUGCUGCAUAACUUUGCAGGGAAGCCAUCUAUUGCUCUGGAAGGUGUGAAGGCUGGUUACCUUUUCUCUUUCCCUCCUGCUGUCUGCAGGAGUCAACAGAGAAACAAGCUAAUCAAGCAGAUCCCACUGGAGCACAUCUGUCUUGAAACUGACUCUCCUGCACUGGGUCCUGACAAGCACGUGAGGAAUGAGCCCAGUAACAUCACUCUGCCUUGCUGCUACAUCGCCGACAUCAAAGGUCUGUCGCCACAAACUGUUCGGCUCGUCACUGCACAAAAUGCAUACAGACUUUUCCCCAAAGCCAACGGGUGCACAUCUGACAUGUAGGUGCAUUGUCUGUGCCUUUUGUUUAUGAAAUGAAAUGUUGGAGAAGCUAGUGGUUCUAGAUAUAAAGUCAAGAAAUUAAAUGUCAUUAGGAUCAGUCCAAAUCACAAAUCUGUGUCAGAUUUUUCAGAUAUUGUGACAAUUGUCCUCUGGAUCUUUGCUUUGAACCGAUGGAUUGACGUGAAGUUAAACGUCAUAAGCAGGACAGUGUGUUCAAGUUCAUUUUAAAGACUGUUUUUUUUAGACCUCAUACAUAAAGACCAGUGAAUCCUUACAGUCAUAUAUUCUGGAUGUUUUAUUAAAUUGUAUUCUGUUGAAGAGUUGCUCAACACUGUUCCUGGAAAUGAAAUAGUGAAAACAGCUCAUGGGUAUCUGUGGUAUCCGCCUGUCUGGUCUUGUCAGAUUGGUGCUGUCUACACCAGGUGUGAUUUAUCUGAAAGAGAAGAACAGAUGCAUACAGAUGACAGUCAGUUUCAUUAAUUAUAAGUCCUGCUUUUCCAAAAUGUACUAUGGUGUAGGAAAACUGCUGAGUGCAUUCUUGUUGUGGAGUAUUCAGCUGCAUGCCUACAAUGUUUAAAAUAUUCCAAAAUGUGCUAACAUGUGGGAAUUGAUUGUCAGUCUAAUAGCUGAUUGUUCUGUGUGAAACAUUAGUUAUAAUCCAGAUGGGUAAUGUGGCCGUUUAAUAUAGAUGUACCCACAAACAAAAUGACCAUGCGUUGAGCACAGGCGUGUUGUGCAUGUCUACGUUAUGUACGGCUACUGAAUCGCGUGACCUAAAUAAGUAGCAGGCAGCGGGAAUUAAUGGGACUUGGAAACACCCAAAGAUUUAAUAAAUUGUUCCUUGUAUCAUUUCCGACGGAUAAGUCCCGAUAAAUCUGAAGCGUUUGAUUUGUAGUAGGAUCACAAUCAUGGGAUUGUCAGCAGGCAGCUGAUGUAGUGUUCACUUGUAGUCAUAGUUACAGUGAAGCCGUGCCGCUAUCUAGCAAUGAUGUAGAAAUCUUUAACAAAUCUGUGGAUCCAGACUAUAUGCUGAAUCCCUGCCGAAAUCAAAUCACUUGGUCCUCGUGUCAUUUCUGACCUCCCUUGAAAAUUUCAUCCACAUCCGUUUGUCGGUUUUUGAGUGAUUUUGCGAACAGACAGACAAAGCAACAAUGAUUGUCACAUAACUCCACUGAGGCUUCGCCAAAUUAAAUAUAACAUUUAAAAAGCACCUUCAUUAACUCCCUUUGUAUUCUGUAAAGAGAUCCUGAACAUGUUGUAGUUUUUAGAUAUUUAGCACCAUCUUCCUCCUCCCCCUCUGGACUUUUUACAGGUUAAUUAAUCACCUAUUAAAACAUUAAAGUACAGGCAGUGCACAUUCCAAAAGAGAUAUUAAAGGAAUAUUUUACGAAAUUCUCCACACAAGUCCUCUUACGGCUCUCUUCAAAAUGCCUUCUCUCAGGCAGCCUGACAGGGGCAGGUCUCUCGGUGCAGGCCGCCCUGCGCUGCGGUCCGGCGGUCAGAGCGGUGAGGAGCACCGGGCUGGUCCGCAGGUGCUUCCGGUAGUGUCUCCUCUCGGUUCUCUCCCAGGACUGCCGGGGGUCCAUCUCCACCUGACACCACGACUCCCUCUGUAGGUUGAGCUCCAGCAGAGCCCGUUCCUCACACCCUGACAUCGCGUUUUUAUCUUUAUAUUCAGUUUUUGGUGUGUUUUUCCUGUUAUAAAUUAUCCACAGUGAAGCUGGUUGAGUCACGAUGCUGUAACGUUUCCACGGCAACCGGGAAGCACAGGAGCGUGACCGCAUCAAAGACCAUGUGUUGGGGAAGAUGAGUCACUCUGUGAGGAGCGCGAAAAACACACAGACGGCAGCAUUUUAAAAAGUACAUUAAUUUAUUUUGGGGGCUUUUCCUCGACAUGAUUAAAGCUUUUUGUUACUCAUCUAAGAUGUCUACCAGAGACAUAGAACCAAACCUAUAGUAUAAGAAAAUUAUACAAACUAUUAGAAUACUGUUUUAGCAGAUUUCAGAAUAUAAAAGGUUAAAUCAAAACAUAUUUGAACACUGUUUAUUUUGAUGAUGUGCAGGAUCAGUACCUUCAGGCCUUAAAGAAAACCAAACAAUCCUGUACACUGUCAAUCAUUUUGCCUCAGUCCAACACACUAAAACAGAAAAAGUUCAUCACAUAAAACUGUGUUUUUGUUUAUUUGUUUUGAUUUGAUUAUUUGAGUUUGAAUUAAACAAUAAAUGUAUGUAACGUAUAAUACAUCAUUCCCGUAAGAUCUCAGAACACCACCAAAGCAGCUCAUAAAUGGCAAUUAAGUUAAUUAUUGACACAAAAUGUCCUCUUCAUAGCAACAAAGCAUAUCCAGAUUCAGCUCAAUCCAUUCGAUGUAAAUAUUCUUCUUUGUACCUGAAAACAGAGUCAGAGUGAGAGCUCACUUCAUUCUUCAAACUAGGGCAGCAGGAUGCCAGAAGGUGAUUUGAUCCUCAUGGCAGAGGAAACUGACAACAGAGGGAUUUAAAGAGGCCUAAGAUAAUAUAAAAUACUGGAAACUAUUCCAGUUUUCUCUGAAUCCCAAGAAAGUGUAGAGUAGCCUCAGAAUAACAUAACUUGAGAGAUGACUCCAGUACCUGUAAGUGUCUAAUGAUCAGUUUAUGUUCCAUGGUGUGAUAUAGAAAUGCUAGCCAAGGUAAUGCUGUUUCCAUAUUAUUAAAUUACUUUAUAAAGUCAGGUGAGGCAACCAUGUCACAAAGUGCCACGUCUACAAAGUCAUUGUUGGUCUUUUUCUUUUUGCACAAAUGCAAUCUAAAACCAUGGAAUCUGUGUGUAACAGGUGUGAUCAGCUGUGGGAUCAGACUUCAUGUAGGUUGUGCCUGCUGCAGUUGAGUCCCAGUGGGUCACACGACGAUUAGGAUUAGAGCAGAUAAUGGUCUGCAGCUUAUGGACAGGCUGACUGGAAUAUACGGAACAAGUAGCAACACUGCAGGCUUCAAGUAGACCUAACGGAGCCAUAGUUUAUAUAGGUUUAUAAUGCACUUUUAUAUAUGCUGUGUUUUUAUUUUUUAGUAUUUUCAGUUUUAAUUAUUCUGAAAAAAUCUCUGUACUUCAAACUGUCUGAACUGUUAUUUCACUACUGGUACUAUACAGAGAUGCCUAUUUUAUUCUGCUGUAUUACGUAUUUUAUAUGUAGUCUAUGGUGUAUUUUUUUACCUUUGCCUAUAAAGCAUUGUGGAAAUGUGCUAAAUCUAAAAUAAAUGAGCUUGUUUAAUUGA